AAGGCCAUGGUGACACAAAUGAGCCAGGUGGUAGAGGCUGCAUCACAGCAGCACAGCAGUGCCAUUGUGACUUCUCCAAAGAUUGACAUUGGCCUCGGAGUGCUGGUGGAUGAAGUGAUUGUGCACCGUGCAGCUGCGAUGUCCAGCAACUGCCCCAAACGGUAUGCCCGAGCUUUGACGAGGGCAGUAUUCAGCCAAGAGGAACUCUGCAGUGGGACACUCACAGGCAACAGCUGCAAUGCAAAGCGUGAGCUGGCACGAAGACCUCCACUGGAUCAGACCCGGGUGUCUGCUGUGCUGGGGCAUGUCAGCAAGAAGUUUGCACCUGUGGAGAUCCAACUCGUCAAAAGCAGCCUGGCCACUAUGUUCGCCAAGAUGAAGAAACAGCAGCUAGCAGAUGCAGAAUAAUUUUUUUAGUAUAUGUAACACUUGUUUCAUCCCUCAUCCGCAUGCUCACACGCUGGUAAACACCAUCCAUGAGGUUCCUCAACUGCAAUGGCACCAUUAUGGCUAGUCUACUGGAAGACAAAAGGGGAAGAUGGGGACAAGUUGAUAGGAAUGCGAUAGACAGCAAAU